UUUCCCUUCACUUCGACCGCAUUCUGCCAUUCAUCAGUUGCGUUCAACCAUCUCUCUCUCUCUCUCUCGCUCUAGCUCGCUCGUCCCAGUCGGCUCUGCGAUCGGACCGAUCGAUCGUCGUUGUCCAGUCGAAGCAACAGGAGAGGCGGAAAAUGCUGGCGGUGUUCGACAAAUCGGUGGCGAAGAGCCCGGAGGCGCUCCAGAGCCCGCACUCGGAGUCGAUUUCGGCCCUCAAGGGCGGCGCUCUCGGCCAGCACUUCGCAUCCGUCCAUCCCGGCGCGGUCACCGUCAAUCUCGGGUCCUCCGGCUUGCUGGCCUACUCUCUCGAUCGGCAGAACCCUCUUCUUCCCAGAUUGUUUGCGGUCGUCGAUGACAUCUUCUGCAUGUUUCAAGGGCACAUAGAGAAUGUUGCUCUUCUCAAGCAGCAAUAUGGAUUGAACAAGACUGCCAAUGAGGUCACUAUCAUCAUUGAAACUUAUAGAACUUUGAGGGAUCGAGGGCCAUACCCUGCUGAUCAAGUUGUAAGAGACAUCAGCGGGAAGUUUGCUUUUGUGCUCUUCGACAGCUCUUGUAAAACCGCUUUUCUAGCCUCCGAUGUUGAUGGAAGUGUUCCUUUCUUCUGGGGAAGUGAUACUGAAGGCAAUCUUGUUCUCUCGGAUGAUGCAGAAGUUGUGAAGAAGGGCUGUGGGAAAUCUUUCGCACCAUUCCCUAAAGGAUGCUUCUUUACUAGCUCUGGAGGUUUGAGGAGUUAUGAGCACCCACUGAAUGAGGUGAAGCCAGUUCCUAGGGUGGACAGCUCUGGCCAAGUGUGUGGUGCUACAUUCAAAGUGGAUGCGGAGUCUAAGAAGGAGUCCAGCAUGCCUAGAGUUGGGAGUGCUGCGAACUGGUCCUCGCAGUACUGAGUCUUGUGGUUUAUGGCCCUUUUUCAACCAGGCCAUUAGUUAUUGAAUGGCCUGGCCUUCUGUUGCUUAUAUCUCAUACAUUGACAAUUUUCAGCUCUACUGGUUGGUUGCUCUAUGCUGGGGGUUUGAAACGACAUCGUUUCUAUGCAGCCUGUAUGUGUUGCUUAUAAAACCAAGCAUUUACAAAAACUAAUAUGCUCUGUGCAAUAACUUCUGGCA